AACUUAUUGCUGCUUUCAGUGAUGAUCACAUGAGAAAUGCAAUUAUCCAAGGAGUUCCAAGGUUGGAAAUUUUCAACUCGUGUUUUACCAGUAAAUUUGGUCAGUGGGCAUUUGGUUUUUGUGGAGGAAUAUUUGGAAAGGAUAAUCCAGGCUGCUUUGAUAACACUGCACAUGCAUUGGAGAGCCUGACCUCUCUUGAUUUAUCAAAUAGAUGCAUCCACAGUUUGUUCAAUAAGGCAUUCUCUGCUACUGAAAUGCCAUCUCUCUCAUACUUGAAUCUUCGGGGAAAUCCACUGGAGCAGAAUUCUGUUAAUGACUUACUAAAACUUUUGAAAGAAUUUACUUGUUUACAAGCAUUGGAGGUGGAUAUUCCUGGUCCUCUUGGAGGCGAUGCACUUGAAAUUCUUCAAUCUCUUCCUAAUCUUUCUCAGUUGAAUGGUGUUAAUGCAUCAAAAAUUAUAGAGGCUGGAAAGCAUGUAAUAGAUUCAAUGCUUCUGCCACGUAUCCCUGAAUGGACUGCUAAUGAACCUCUAGUUGAUCGGGUUAUUAAUGCUAUGUGGUUAUAUUUGAUGACAUAUAGACUAGCAGACGAGGAAAAGAUCGAUGAAACAUCUGUGUGGUAUGGAUUUGCUUCUUGACUCUCUUUUCUUUGG